CGCAAUCUUUUGACAACGUUGGAAAAUCUUCUGGCCGAUCCCUUCGGUUGAAGAUCUACAAAAACACGACGUCAUGGUGUCGCAAAAAACGCUAGAUCCAGUCACUUUUAUCGUAAAUCGACUUUUGCCAGCCGCUUCUUAUGGUUCUUACCAAUGCAAGCAUUUUUUUAUUAUGGAUGUUUUACGCCCAGCACUUAUAAAUAUAAAUGGCAGAAUAUAUAGACGAAACGCAAUUAAAGAAGAAAACUACGAAGAAAAGGAAGAUGACUUUUACCAAGACGAAAGACCAGAAUAUGAAGAAUUGGAAACUGAUGAAGUCUGUGAAAGCCACUUGAUUGAACAGACGGACAAAGGUUUCCGCUGUGCCAUUGAUGUCCCAAGUGUCCUCUACAAAUACAUUAUUGGAAAGAAGGGAGAGACACGCAGGCGUCUUGAGUCUGACACAAAGACAUCUAUCACAAUUCCCAAGCUGGGUAUUGAAGGAGAAAUUGUUGUCACCGGUGCUCAGAAGAACGCCGUCUCCUCCGCCGUCACGCGACUGGAGAUGCUGAUAGACGGCUUCCGCAGGAAGCAGCCUUUCACCCACUUCCUGUCCUUUGCUCUCAAUGACUCCCAGGUUCAAGAGGGAUUCCACGCAUUCAAAGCCAUGGUUUUGGAGCAGUUUUCACAGGAUAGCGGGGUGGACGACAGCAUCUUCCAGAACCCUUCCAAGCUCCACCUGACCUUGGGCACUCUGGUGCUGCUGAACGAAACAGAGGUGAACAAGGCAUGCGACCACCUCCAGGAGUUUCGACAUGUUAUCAAGGACCUCACGGAAGGUAAGCCUCUGCCCCUGGAGGUGAUGGGCAUCGAGUACAUGAACGACGACCCUGCCGCAGUGGACGUACUGUACGCCAAGGUCAACCUGCAAGAUGGUUCCGACAGGCUCCAGGUAAUGGCCGACCGGCUAGUGGAGCACUUUGUCUCGGCCGGCCUGAUGGUGAGAGAGUGGGACAGGGUGAAGCUGCACGGCACGGUGAUGAACACCCUGUUCAGGAAGGACAGCACAGCCGAAGACGUUGGUGGCCCGGGACGAAGGAACCCACGGGACAGGGAGGCGUUCGAUGCCAGGAACAUACUAAAGACGUUUGGAAGCCAUCGCUUCGGAGAGUUUGACCUGAGUUGCGUGCAGCUGUCCCAGAGAUUCUCCACAGAUUGCACAGGCUACUAUUCCAGUGCUGGAAGUGUCAGCUUUGCCUGAGGAUCCGCAGACUACUCACCAUCCAGCCAGUUGAAAAAUCAAACAAUAUUGACGAGGACGGAAGGCAAUCUGCGUGCUUCAGUUUUUUGAAGCAACUGUAUCCAAUCCAUCAAACAAACCAUGUACCAAGGUGUGGCCAACAAAAACACCAUCCUUUCUGUUACGUUACAGAAUAAGCUGGAGAUGUGAUUCAGUUUGAAGAACUGGAACUUCAACAAAUCAAUAGACGUACAACAAAUGAUUGUAAAGUACUUAUUUUCAAUCUAAUAAAUACAACGCACGCAUA